UCCUCCGCGUCCACCCCCAGAAAAACCUUCCAUCUUUUGGCGUCUCAUCCAUGGCGUCUGCCCUCCUUUCGAUGCUGCUGCUCGUGAUGAUCUCGAGCAGGGGCUCGAGGGGGGAUUCGAACGCCGAUGCCAAAAGACUCUACGACGAUCUCAUCAAUGGUUACAAUGCUUUAAUACGACCGGUCGGGAACAAUUCGGACAGACUGACAGUCAAGAUGGGGCUGAAGCUCUCUCAGCUCAUAGAUGUCAACAUCAAGAACCAAAUCAUGACGACAAACGUAUGGGUAGAACAGGAGUGGAACGACUACAAGCUGAGGUGGGAACCGGAUGAAUACGGAGGCGUGUCCAAGCUGCACGUGCCGGCCGAGCAAAUAUGGCUGCCGGAUAUUGUCCUUUAUAACAAUGCAGAUGGCAAUUACGAGGUGACUAUUAUGACGAAGGCGAUCCUUCACUUCGACGGUCAGGUGAUCUGGAAACCCCCAGCCAUCUACAAAAGCUCGUGCGGAAUCGAUGUCGAAUACUUCCCAUUCGACGAACAGACUUGUUUCAUGAAAUUCGGAUCUUGGACGUAUGACGGAUACACGGUGGACCUCAAGCACAAGUACCAGACUGCCGAUUCCAACAAGAUACCUAUGGGCAUCGACCUCAGUGAGUUCUACCUCAGCGUGGAGUGGGACAUCAUGGCCGUUCCCGCCGUCCGGACUGAAAAGUUCUACAGUUGUUGCGAGGAGCCCUAUCCAGACAUCACCUUCAACAUCACCCUGAGGAGGAAAACCCUCUUCUACACCGUCAAUCUCAUCAUUCCCUGUGUCUUCAUCUCCUUCCUGUCAGUCCUGGUCUUCUACCUGCCCUCAGAUUCUGGAGAGAAAGUCAGCCUCUCCAUCUCUAUUGUGCUCUCGUUGGGUGUGUUCUUCCUUUUGUUGUCCGAGAUCAUCCCUCCCACCUCCCUCACCGUCCCUCUACUGGGAAAGUACCUGCUCUUCACCAUGAUCUUGGUGUCCUUCUCUGUCUUCGUCACUAUCGCCGUUCUCAACGUCAACUUCAGGUCUCCUUCCACUCACAAGAUGGCGCCAUGGGUGCGGUGGGUGUUUAUCGAGCUCCUUCCCCGCAUCCUCUGCAUGCAGCGCCCGGACAAUAACUCAGACGAGGAAAAAGCUGAUUCCAACCACUUCAACCUUCCCCAGCUCGUGGACUACGGCGAGAAGCCCUCCGUCAUCGACUACGAGUGCAGCAGCUACGGACCAUUCCCCGAGGAGGAGCUGCACGUGGGGCCCCAGCCGGACAUCAACGGGUCCCUCGACGGGAUCAAGUCCUCCCCGGACGUCGAGAGGGCCGUGCUUAAUGUCCGGUUCAUUGCCCAGCACAUGAAGAACCUCGAUAGCUUCUCGGACAUCGAAAGUGAUUGGCAGUACGUCGCCAUGGUGCUGGAUCGUUUGUUCCUUUGGAUAUUCACGAUAGCCUGCGUGGUAGGCACUGGAUGGAUCAUCCUUUGCGCACCCUCCCUCUACGACGACAAACAGCCGAUCGACGUCAUGUUUUCCAAAGUCGCCCCCCGAAUCAGACGACUGCUCAGGAACGAUUGAGAAGCGAACUGUUGCCAAACGAUUCAUCCUCGCAGUCCAAACAGAACAACAUUCCCUUCACCGAGCGGAUUACUUAACUAGUUAUAGUGGCCAAUAAUCAUCACAGAACUCAUAUGAAGACUCCAGCAGUGCACGCCCCUGGUGAAUAUUUGUGGUAGUAAUCGCUGACUGCAUUUGAAGGCAGAUAUGAAAGAUGACAAACGUUUUAUCAGAAAAUACGUUAAAAAUUCUGAAGCGACUGAAUAGCAAAAAGGUUAUGAGGCUACAUUACAUGUUAAGUUACCUGCAGAGUAACAGUCAUUAACAGGGUUUUCUAGCAGCUACAUAAGGUGUGCUAGCAACCUGAAUGUUUUAGAGAAUCAUAAAAUCAACAAACUGGCAGUCACUGCGCCGUUGGCAUAUAAAGAUUAUUGGAUUAUAAAGCAAACUAAUGCUAUCUAUCGUAACGGCUUUUGUCUUCGUGUAAGACUUUCUAAGAGAAACGAGCUUUUAUUUAUGCUACACGUGGGCACUACCAGAUAUAAAAAAGAUGGCUAAAUCUUUGUGGCUCUUUAACUUACGACAUAGGAAAUGUUCACUGCUUUUCAUACUUUUAUUUUGUCUCUUUUAAUACAGAAUCCGGCUUAGAUGCCUCUUGGAAACAGGGCCCCUAAAUCGAUUGCGACCUCAGUGCGUAAUGAAUACUAUUUUCCAUGCUUGCUUUUUUCUCAUAAAUUCACUUGAGACCAUCAUGGAACGCGGGGCCUUUCAAGAUUUUCCCCUUUGUACCAUACAAAAUACUAUUUGUCACGCUUCACAAUGCUUUUUCAUUGCAGAAACUGUUUGGAGUACCCCUUCGAAUGCAACGCCUUUAAUGAUUGCACCCUACUUGCCAUGCUUUCACAAUUUGCUUUCUUAAUCUGGAAACCAAUUUCAGGGUCCCUUGCGGCAUGGGACCCUUUAUGUUUUUCACCUGUGCACGUAGAGAGAAACACGAAGAAAACUCUCAUGCAGUCAACCCGUUUGUCGGAUUUGAACUCUGGUCGGACCACGAUACCCUUCUGUCUCUAGUGACCGGCCUACAAGGACAUACCCCUGAGAAUUAAAAAUUCGAAAAAAAAAAUAUUCGAAUUCAAAUUUUUAUUCAUUUGAAUUAAAUUUCAAGUAAUUUCCAAAAAUGUAAAAGUAACAUUUUCUCAAAUGCGUAAAAAAUUCGAACUAAAAUUUGUGUAAAUUUCUGCCAAAUAAUCUGAAGGAAAUUUAUACGAAUUUUUAAUUGGAAUUUCGUUAUAAUUAAAAUUCGAAAUAAAAAUUCGAAGGUUUGAAGAAAAAGGUUAUUCGCAUUCAAAUUUUAUUUUUCUGAACAAAAUUCCAGUAUUAUAAAAUAUGAAGGAAUUUUAAAAUAAUCAGAAUAAAAUUUAUUCUUUUGCUAGAAAAAUACAAAUGAAAUUUGUUCGAAGGAAUGCUGAUUCGGGCUAAAUAUACUGCUCAGAACAUUUUGAAGUAAAAUUUCAAAAUUCUAAUUAAAAGUUACUGAAAUUCAAAUCCUAUUCUUCUGAAAAUUUCAUGAGCAAAAUUUCAGAAGAAUAAAAUCUAAAAUAACUUCGAAACUUUUGAAGUAAAGUUUAUUUUUCUGAGUAAAAAAUUCAAAUUCAAGUAAAUUUAUUUUGUCAGAAAGUUUGAGGUAAAAUUUAUUCGAAAUAAAAUUCAAAGUAAAAUUUGUUCUAAUUCAAAUUUUAAUUUUGUGAAUAAAAUUUCAGAAUAAUAAAAUUUUAAGUAAUUUCGAAAUAUUCGAAUUAAAAUUUAUCUUUUUCAUAAAAAAAUUUCAAUUGAAAUUUGGGUAAAUUCAUUCUGCCAAAAAAUCCGAAGUAAAAUUUAUUCAAAACAAUGAGAUUAAAAUUUAUUCCUAGUAAUAAAACUGAAACAACAUUUAUUGUUCGAAGUAGUAUUUCGAAAAUUCAGAAUUGGAAUUUUUCGAAUUCAAAACUCUUAUUCUUUUGAACAAAAUUUAAAAAGAAUUAAAUUUGAGUAAUUUAAAAAAAAUCGUGGAAAAUUUAUUUUUUGCCAAAGAGAUUCGAACUACAAUUUGAGCAAAUUUGUUCUGGCACAAAUGCCGAAGUACAAUUUACUCAAAGAAAUUAAAUUUAAAGUAAAGUUUUAUGCCAGGCAAAAAUUCGAAAUAAAAUUUAUUAUUCUGCCAGAAAUUAUAUUCUUAGGUUCAAACCACACCUUAAUACUCCAGUUUGUUGAUUUUAUACGAUUUUUAUAAAAAUUGUCCAAAUGUCGACUUGAAUUGAAACGUACAAUGCUUUGGUGCUGGUAGACUUAACGGUUUUUUUUUUUUUUUUUUUCCAAAUGUAGUCUUUUCUAAGGAAAGGAAGUUUUAAUGUGCAAUGAAGUCAAAUUUCAAUCAUCUCAGCGUGUUGUAACUAGUUAAAAAUGAAGCCAAAAAAAAAAAAAAAAAAAGAUCUUAGGAUUACUCAAAUAUGUAAGAUAGAAAAAGAUAAAAUAAAAUAUUGAAAUACAUAAGGUAAAAAGAGGUAAAAUAAAAUAUGCAAACAUGUAAACUAAAAAGAGGUAACAUUAAACAAGGCCGGAUAAAAAAAAUGUAAAAUGAAAUACUGAGUACCUGCGACAUAGAAAGAGGGUAAAAUAAAGUAUUCAAAUAUGGUAGUUAAAAAGAGAUAAAAUAAAAUACUCAAAUAUAUAAAAAGCUCAAAAUUAAUUAAAUAUGGUAAUAACUUCAAUUUUUUAUAUACUCUUACGAAAUGUGCAAGAUAAAAAAUAGCUACAACAGAAAUAUUACCUUUAAUUUGUGUUUGUCCCUUAACAGAUAUGUGAGAUAAGAAAAGGCAAAAAAAAAAAAAAAAAAAAAAAAAAAAAAAAAUGCUAGCUUGAAAUAAUCUCGUAGCAAAUACGUAAGAUAAAAGAGAUAAAAUAACUAUUAACAUUAUUUUGAAAAAUCCGUUAAAAGAUAAGUGGUUAAAUAAAAUAUUCAAAUAUGUAAGAUAAAAAGAAGAAAAAUAUCAUACUCAAAUAUAUACGCUAAAAAGAGGUAAAAUAAAAUAUUCAAAGAGGUUCCAGUAAAGUUAACAGUAGAAAUCCAUUAAAAAGGUAAAUGAGACACAAACUACUUUUAUUAGGUACAGUUACAGUGAAAAAUGUGACAGGUAAACGUGAACCAUAGAAAUCCUUCAGAAAUAACUUAAACAAGAAAAUAAAUUCAGUUAUCAGGUACAAUUACGGUGAAAAAUAUGGCAGCUAUAAACCGAAAUACUGAAAUUCUGCAAGUAACCAAGAAAUCAACUGAAAUUACCUGAUACAGUUUCAAUUAAAAGUGCGGCGGUUACAAAGUUAUUUGUAGAAGCCCAUUGCGAACAGCUGAACAUUAAAAUUAAUAUAGUUAUCCAGGUGCGGUUACGAUGAAAGAUAAGGCAGCUACGAAAUGAACUUUUUUCAAAUAAGUGAAAAGUGGAGCUUGUGGGGAAUAUAAUGACGGCUGUAACUUCAGAACUACAGAAAUCAACAAAAAAAAAAAAAAAAAAAAA